UAGACAUUUCCGGUGUGACAUUAGUCAAAACUAAAAGAAACAUUUUGCCCUCUUUCUACUCUCUGGCGUUCCCUACUGUAAAAAAUGAAAUGACGUGAAUAAACUUAACUUAAAGAUGCCAAUUUAAGGUGCGUAGUGUUUAAACAUGUUUAUGGCACGUUAUGAAAUUCGCAGCCAAACCUGUUCGCGUCGAAUGUGGAAGUCUUGGGUGGCUGAUGAAUCAUUGGCACCGUGUGGGCGUAUAAGGAAGUUAGGAUCCGCCAAAGAAAUAAAGUAUACUUGCAGUCGAGUCCGGGAUCUAGAAAGCAGAACCCGAACCAACAUGCCUGGGACUAAAGUCUGCAUCGUGGGAUCAGGAAACUGGGGCUCUUCAAUUGCCAAAAUCAUUGGGAAAAAUGUCAGAGCUUCCAACCGGUUCGACCCACUGGUGAACAUGUGGGUUUAUGAGGAAGUGGUCUCUGGGAGAAAGCUGACGGAGAUCAUCAACACCGAGCACGAAAACGUCAAAUAUUUGCCUGGUCACAAGCUGCCAAAGAAUGUGGUGGCUGUUCCAGAUGUCACAGAGGCCGUGAAAGGAGCCAAGUUGCUCAUUUUUGUCAUCCCACAUCAAUUCAUCAGCAGUAUUUGUGACCAGAUAAAGCCUCACAUCGCAGACGGGGCGAUCGGCAUUUCCCUCAUCAAAGGCAUUGACGAGGGUCCCAAUGGACUGAAGCUCAUCUCAGACAUCAUUAGAGAGAAACUAGAGAUUGAUGUCAGCGUCCUGAUGGGGGCCAACAUCGCCAGUGAGGUGGCAGAUGGGAAGUUCUGUGAAACGACCAUCGGCUCAAAAAAUGAAGCAAACGGACUUAUCUUCAAAGAGCUGCUUCAGACUCCUAACUUCCGUGUGACCGUGGUGCAGGAGAGUGACACGGUGGAGCUGUGUGGAGCCCUCAAGAACAUCGUGGCCGUGGGGGCCGGCUUCUGCGACGGCCUCGGGUUCGGCGACAACACAAAGGCAGCGGUUAUCAGGCUGGGUUUGAUGGAGAUGGUUGCCUUCGCCAGGUUGUUCUGCAAGAGCCAGGUCAACUACAGCACCUUCCUGGAGAGCUGCGGCGUUGCUGACCUCAUCACCACCUGCUACGGGGGACGGAACCGCAAAGUUGCCGAGGCCUUCGUCAAAACAUCAAAGUCCAUUGCUGAGCUGGAGGCCGAAAUGCUCAAUGGCCAGAAACUGCAGGGACCACAGACUUCGGCUGAAGUCUACAAGAUGCUUCAGAAGAAGGACAUGGUCAGCAAGUUCCCACUAUUUGGAGCCAUAUACAUGAUCUGCUAUGAAGGCAAAGAGGUGAAAGAGUUCAUCACCUGCCUGCAGAACCACCCGGAACACAUGUAAGGUGAUUUAAGCGUGCAAAAGAGAGAACUGCUGCUUUCUGACCCUUAAAGGCAGACAAACAUGAUCAUUUCAAUAAGUAUAGUUUAGCGGGACAAAACCAGCACUAUUUUUAUUUUUUUGUAUUGUAAGAUCUGUCUUAAUUUAGCUUCAUUUAUGAUUUAAUUUCAUGUCAAUAAAAUGUUGAUAUGGUUAUAUAUUAAUUUCAAAAAAGCUAUUUUUUUAAUUGUAAUAUGGGUAACAAUUUGGGAUCUGAUUGCUUUGCUACAUUUUGUUACUUGGGAUAAAGUGUCUUUAAUUAAAUGUUUCAACUUUUAAA